CCCCGGCUUCCCUCCGCCGCCGCCGCCCCUCCCCCCCGCCCGGCUUUUAUUUCCCCGAUGCCGGGCUGUAACCCGAGCUUUUAUUUCCUGGUGGCUCCUUUAAGAGGCAGAGCUCAGUGCUGGGAAUUCACGUCAGUUUCUGCACUGAAACUCUCAAGAUCAAUGAGCAAAGAGCUUUCUCAGUUCUGCCUUUCAGUUUCUCUCUUCCAGGAAGGAAAACAUUCGAGAGAGCGAGGGAGAGCGGCGGGAGGGCGGGGGGCGGGGGCGCCGGCCGCGGGUGGGAGGAGAGAGCGGGAGGCCGGCCGGGCUGCGCCCCGGGUCGCCGCGCCGCGCCGCGACCUGCAGACCCCGCCGCCGCGCUCCGGGCCCGGCUCCCACGCCCCCGCCGCCCCGCGCACCCAACUCCGCCGGCCGCCCCGCCCCGCCCCGCGCGCUCGCAGACCCCCGGGGCGGCUGCCGGGAGAGAUGCUGCAAGAAACUUCUUAAAUGACCGCGUCCGGCUGGCCGUGGAGCGCUUCUGGGUUGGGGAGAGGAAAGGAAAGUGGAAAAAAACUGAGAACUUCCUGAUCUCUCUCGCUGUGAGACAUGUCUGAGACUCCUGCUCAGUGUAGCAUUAAGUUUUGGUCGUUCUGGUGGGAAGAAACAGCGUGCGGGGAAUAUCGAGUGUUUGUUCAGGCGGAUGCUCGUGUUGUUCUUCAGUCUUGUGAGGAAAGGAAGGCACGUACAGACGGCUGGAGUCAGUAGAAGUGUAAAUCAGGAACGAAUUUCAUAUACACCUCCCGAGAGCCCGGUGCCGAGUUACACUUCCUCGACUCCGCUUCAUGUUCCAGUGCCCCGAGCGCUCAGGAUGGAGGACGACUCGAUCCGCCUGCCUGCGCACCUGCGCUUGCAGCCAGUUUACUGGAGCAGGGAUGACGUAGCCCAGUGGCUCAAGUGGGCUGAAAAUGAGUUUUCUUUAAGACCAAUUGACAGCAACACGUUUGAAAUGAAUGGCAAAGCUCUCCUGCUGCUGACCAAAGAGGACUUUCGCUAUCGAUCUCCUCAUUCAGGUGAUGUGCUCUAUGAACUCCUUCAGCAUAUUCUGAAGCAGAGAAAACCUCGCAUUCUUUUCUCACCGUUCUUCCAUCCUGGAAACUCUAUACACACACAGCCAGAAGUCAUCCUGCAUCAAAACCAUGAAGAAGAUAAUUGUGUCCAGAGGACCCCACGGCCCCCAGUGGAGAACGUGCACCACAACCCCCCCACCAUUGAACUGUUGCACCGGUCUAGAUCGCCCGUCACAGCCAAUCACCGGCCCUCUCCCGAUCCUGAGCAGCGCCCCCUCCGGUCCCCCCUGGACAACAUGAUCCGCCGCCUCUCCCCGGCCGAGAGGGCCCAGGGGCCGAGGCUCCACCAGGAGAACAACCACCAGGAGUCCUACCCCCUGUCAGUGUCUCCCAUGGAGAAUAACCACUGCCCGCCGUCCUCCGAGCCCCACCAGAAGCCGUCGAGCCCCCGGCAGGAGAGCACCCGCGUGAUCCAGCUGAUGCCCAGUCCCAUCAUGCACCCCUUGAUCCUGAACCCCCGGCACUCCGUGGAUUUCAAACAGUCCAGGCUCUCCGAGGACGGGCUGCAUAGGGAAGGGAAGCCCAUCAACCUCUCGCAUCGGGAAGACCUGGCCUACAUGAACCACAUCAUGGUGUCCGUCUCCCCGCCCGAGGAGCACGCCAUGCCCAUUGGGAGAAUAGCAGACUGUAGACUGCUUUGGGAUUACGUCUAUCAGUUGCUUUCUGACAGCCGGUACGAAAACUUCAUCCGAUGGGAGGACAAAGAAUCCAAAAUAUUCCGGAUAGUGGAUCCCAAUGGACUGGCUCGACUAUGGGGAAACCAUAAGAACAGAACAAACAUGACCUAUGAGAAAAUGUCCCGAGCCCUGCGCCACUACUACAAACUAAACAUUAUCAGGAAGGAGCCAGGACAAAGGCUUUUGUUCAGGUUUAUGAAAACCCCUGAUGAAAUCAUGAGUGGCCGAACGGACCGUCUGGAGCACCUUGAGUCCCAGGAGCUGGAUGAACAAAUAUACCAAGAAGAUGAGUGUUGAGGGAACCAAGCCACGGCCUCAGCGGGGGGCCGGCAGCCGGGGGUCCCCUGCCCAUGAGGCCCUGGAGGCGUGGCAGGGAGGCGGGCUGAGAGCUGAACCGGAAGAGACCCAGGAGUGGGAAUGACACUUGUCUCGCAUAGCGGGAGGGUCCCCAGAGCACCUUAGACAAACCACCCAGAGAAAGCAGGGCUGGCAUUCUGGCCGAGGGCACGAGCCUGGGACUCCUGGUUCUGUUUUCUCCUCAUGUAGAACCUCUCCAUCUGUAAUUCCUCACCCUCACCCGUCCACCUAUUGUUAAUUUCAUGGUGUUUUCCGUUUUUUUGUUUUGUUGUGGUUUUUUUUUUGUUUGUUUUUUUUUGUUUUUGUUUUUUUUUUGAAGACCAUGCAGUUUGACUUUUCAUCAUUCAUACAGGGGAAGACAUCCGAGGUUGUUUUCCUAUGGAAAUAUAUAUCUAUUAUAUAUAUCUAUUUUUUGCAAAUCUCACAAAGUGCGGCUAGCCCAGCUGGUCAGGAAAGAGAACACUUGCAAAGGGUUUCAGGUUCCUCUUCAGCCUGCCACGUGGAUCAGAUUUGUGCCUGUUAAUUGGGUCUUGGCUGGAAAAAAAAAAAAGAAAGAAAGAAAAAAAAAGAUGCUUUUAAAAACGAUAAAGUGAAAAGGAGAGCUUUUUCUCCCUCUCGCUCUUUCCUUCACGGCCUCCCGUCUGUCCUCCCUCCCCGCCUCCUGUCGAGGUUCAGAUGCCUUUUAGCAGAAUUGAGCCUCUCCUGGAGUCCUGAGCAUUACAGAUGCCCAGAGGCUAUCUGUGGUCUGGGUCCUUUGCAGCCGGCGCGGCGUUGCCAAAUCCAACCCACAUCCCAGCAUCUGGCUACCCACGGGAGGGAGGGCCCGGACCUCGCAGGUGCUGCGGUCCUCCAGAAAGAGACAUGCCAGCCCAGCGGGCUGCCCCCGACCCCUACUCCCACCCCGACAUGGCUGCGAGAACCCCAGGACUUGGUGGUUCCUCGGGACGGAAGAUUCAGGACAGAAGGCGGCUGCGUCCUUCAGAAGGCCCCAGCAUCGUGGAAUUAGCUUGCAAGUUCUGCAAGGCAGAAAAUAUAAAAGACCCCACAGGGCCUGAUAGUCAGAAACUAGGUGGAAAUUGUGCUGCAGGGGGUUCUGUGCUUCCAGGGCAGGUGACUGAGGCUAGCGAGAGAGAAGGUCUCUGCUCCAUCCGGAGGCCAUUUGUCGUCAGUUUUAUGCCCUCGCCUGCUUUGUUUUGUCUUUUUUCCCAAUUCCUAGCCUUUUUUUUUUUUUUAAUUUUUUUUUUUUAACUUUUCCUGGUCCCCACAAGAUCCAGGGCAUUUGAGAGGGGAGGGCCCUAGUGUACACAGCCACUUGCUCCCGGUGUUCGCCAGGCCAGGGCAGACAAGAAACUCCUCAGACUCAUUACCUAUUUCUUUUCUUCUUCUUUCAUAGCUGUGUUUCAGAAUGGACCCAUUUGUGGCUCUUUUUCUCCUCCAAAUCAGGUCCACGGUAUCUUGUAAAAUGAGGGAAGUGCCACCUCAUAGUACUUUUGAUGAUAUCAGAUAUUUUUAAAAAGCUGUUUUAGGUUGGUUUUUUUUUCCUUGUCUUGCCACCUGAAUUGACUCUCCGAUUUCCAGGUUCAGAAUCCAAUAUUAGGAAGACAGUCUUUUUUAAUCCUAAAGAUUAGACCUGCCUUACAAAGCACCCCCUCCCCGCCCCAUUCCUCUGUUUCCUCUACUCACUCGGGUGAGCACCCACACUCCCAGCAUCACUACUGGCAGCACUAGGGGGAGGCUGCCAGAGCCCUGGGUGUCUCCCCAAGCCACUGCUGACCACAUCAGGCAGGUGGAGGUUGGAGGAACACAGGCAGGAGAAAUUCAACCCCACCCGUACUGACAAGAACCCCAGCCUGGGAAGAAGGAAGGACAGACUAACUGUGGGUCGGAGGCACCGGAAUCAGGGAGCCCUUCAAGCUUUUCAUCUGUGCUCCGUUCCUGCCUCUUAUCGAACCGCAGAUAGAAACGUGGCUGUAGCCAGCCUCCUCUGCUGUCACAGGCUCCCCCCAACUCGACCUUCCAGAAGGUUGGGCUUGCGGUCAAGUCAGGGACCUGCUGUGUGAGGCUAGAAGGUCCACUGAUGAAGGAAGGGUUUGGUCUCAUCUGCUUGAACGGUGGUGAGAUUCAGCUGGCCCCAGCAUGCUACAGAUACCUUUCACGAGUGGUCACUCCAGUCUCUAAGAUGACCGAUGUUGGCUCACACCUGGAGAUCUUAAGCCAAGUACCUGGUGUGUUGUGAAGGCUGUUGAGUGUAAGCGCUGGAGAGAGAAGGUGCAUUUUGACUGAGGCCCUUUGUGUGACGAUGUAACCAGAGACAGGACAUGGUGGGGCUCUUCCCUAAGGUUAGAACAUCUCAUUCUGAUAGAAGGACCUGGGCUUUUACUGUUCGAAGAAUAUUACAGUUGAAUUAGGGAGGGAAAUUCCCAUUGGCCCCGAGGAUUUCUGUAUUUAAAGCAAUACCCUGUAAGAAUACGUAGGACAGGAUGACACCUUCAGUCGCUUGAAAGGAUAGAAGGUGCUAAUUCCAAUAUGAUCUUUAUUUCCCACCCAGAUAUUCCCAGUAAGAGUUUUCUGUUGACUCCCUUAAAUUAGUCAAACGUCCUUCUCAUUGCUUCGAGCUAACACGCGGGCAGUGCUGACAUCAGAGACACGGCGCUUACACGCUGCUGACCCCAGGGAUGCCUUAGGACAUGCUGACCCUGCUUCGGACUUGGCGAAGCACCUGAUAGACCCUGGAAGGGAUUCAGAGGAAUCGGGCACAGCCCCGGCCCCCCGAGAGCGUCCACUCAACCUGUAGACUCUAUCCAAGCUGAAAUUCCUUACCAAGUGCUGGGGCCAAUGGCACGUUCACCUGGGACCAUGUGAAAAGUAUGUCUGUGACCUAGUUGGCCUUUCCCUGCUGCUGUCCCGGGACUGCUUGGCUUAGAUCAGAAAUCGAGAAAGGGCUCUGCAGAAGAGCACCGCAGAGCAGGGAGAGCUUGCUUCACCUGUAUCUGGGGGGUCGAUCUCACUUGUAUCUCCAGCUAGAAAUUCUCUAGCACCUUCUCUUGCCUGCAUCUUGGGUUUGCCAUGUUGCCUCCUCUCCAUCAGAGGAGGGCAGUGGCUAUUGGCUGGACUGGCCAUGUGGCAGAACAGUCUCUCUUUCUGUCCCAAGGCAACUUGGUCUCUUGCCUGACGCAGGGUCACCAAUGUCCUGAGUCCUUUCUUUCUUCCUUUCUCUUUCUUUCUUUCUUUCGUUCUUUCUUUUUCUUUCUUUUUUCCAGGGGGACAUCCCCACAGAAAAAAGGGGAUAACAGACUGAUGGAUUUUCUCCUCUCAACAGUGUGUUUGGAACCCUCUUACCCAGGGUCUUUUUACGCUGGUGUCUAGCCCAAAUAAGAAUGUAGCUUUAGCUAAAACUUCGAUGGCUAUGACAGGAUCCACCUAAAUGACUAAGUAACUACUGUUUCCACCUUUCACUGUCUAGGCUCCAAGUCAGUACAUUUUUGAAACAUUCACUCCCUUCUCCAGAAGGGAGACCUGAGUGUCCAGGAGGCAAGAUGGUGCCCUGGGAGCAGACAGCAUGCCAGGGACAGAAUGAGGAGUGGAAUCCAGCCUGGCUAGACCCCCAUUGGACCCAUUCCCACCCAGGAAGUUGAAGAUAAAAGAUUUGGGGAAAUCCCCAAAGAACAAAGGGCAGGUUUUUUUGCCCUGACGUUCGGUGCUAGUAAGUUUUCAUCCCCUCAGCCUGCUCCUCUUCUCUGCAGAAGUCUGGAAGGAAGGCAGCGAUCUAAGGAAGCCGUGGUGGGGGAGGAGGGUGACAAUAAUUCCUGCCUGUCUAAAAACCACAGAAGACUAACCUGAUCCUCUUUGGGCCCCAUCUGCAUCAACACUAAACAACUACAAACUCCCCGAGUCUUUCACACACGCCAAGUGAACAUUCUCGACGAUUUCUCUUUGGGACUACAACCACCUGCAAACCAGAACGAAUCUAGAAUUUCUUCUUUUUUUUCUUUUUGUUUAAUUUCUGAUCUCUUGUUGUUUAUGAGGUGUGGGGUUUAUAAGGGACUGAAUCAAAUGAAUGUAACAAAAAAGAAAAAAAAACAAAAACAAAUGCCUUUUCUCAGGGCCAGUGAGUUGCAAAUAAUUUUUAAAGAAAAGCCUAUAAUUGCAUCAUCUCAAUAAAUUUUUUAUAAAAAAAAAAAAAA